CCGCAGUCUGUGACUCACCAGUACAGCAGUGGAGGAGGAGUCUCGGCCCCAGCAGGCCUUCCGGACCCCACGCCACCUCUCUUUUUCCCCUCUAUCCUGGAGCGCCCCAUCUCUUUCUCACCACCGCCUGCCUGCCCUCCCUCCAAGGCCUACAACGCCCAGCGUCGCAAGAGCACGUCCAUCUUGGAGGCCCAUACACGCCACUUCCAGCCUGCCUACCCCCGCUACGCCAGCAGCCUGCACCCCUACCACCCGGGGAUGGAGGGGCUGGGCGUGGGUGGAGGAGGAGUGGAUGGGCGACUGGGAGUGGAUCCCUCGUCCCUCUUCAUGGUGCCUGGCUACGGUGAUCCGAGGCUGAGGUCAGUAGGGGAGCCCAUGCAGCAGCACCUCCAAGGUCAGUCCCUCCAGGACCCUCUGUACGGGUACAAGGACGUGAGGGCGGAGCAGCAGGAGGAGGUGGUGGAGGCUGUGCGGAGGCUGAGUCUGAACCAGGCAGCGUUGCUGGAUCACUUCGAGGCCAUGGCCUAUAGUGGCUACCCCAUGACUGCUCACCAGAUCAACCAGAUCAGCUUCCACCAGCAGAUGCAGGCCGCGGCAGCUGCCAGCCUGGCCGGGUACGACCCUCCACAGCCGGCCUACGCCCAGACCUACCACCCCCACAUGCAGAGUCACAUGCGCCUCACCCACAGCCCCAUCCCUCAGCUGGCCCCCAUGAGCGCCUCGGGCUCCCAGGCCUCAGGUACUACCGACGGGUACCUGCUGCAGCACUCCGCCUCCUUCCCCCAGUCCGCUCCCCCAGUCAUGGAGCCCCCGCAAGGCAGCGUGUUCGAGUUCCACGUCCAAAACACGGCUGCUGCAGCGGCCGCCGCGGGGGCCGACUCUGGCGUGCUGGCCUCGAGACUGUACCGGGUUCGCCGCGGCUCCAUGGACCUCAACCUGGAGGAGCAGGGGGGACCAGGAGGACAGUCAGGGGGGUCUGGGACCUACAGCCGCCUGCAGCCAGUCACUGAGGAACGAUACAGCUACGUCAGCCCUGAGAUGCCUCUACCUCCUGGGAGCCUGCUACUGCACCAGGGCCAGAAGGACUGCAGCCCGGAACCCUCCAGUGACUCCAUGGCCUCCUCUGACUGUGGAGAGUUCCACUCUCCUCCGCCCCAGUUAGGGGCCGCCUCGGCCGCCCAGUCCAUCCCACACACCUUCUACGGGGCGGAGGCCGGGGGGAGGGACGCCACCGCAGAAGGCCAGGGAGUUGGGCCACCCCCCCAGCCAGCAGACCUUUCUGUUUGUGCCUCCCUCCGAGGCCCCUGGGCGCCAGUCCUCUCACCUCAACAUACUACACACCACCUGGGCCCGACAGACGAACUUCCAACCCGACCUUUCGUACCACGAGUCUGCUCUGGCAAUGCAGGGAAACUCUGGGCUGGUACUUAGACCAACCACUCUGUUAUUCUAUAGCAACCCUCAGCCGUCUACCCUCCACACCAACCCUGUCUUUAUCACUUACCUGAUUCAUUUUGUUUUGUGGUUGUGGUUUUAACCCUUUCCAGCCAUGACUGCCCACACUCAAGGGUCCUUUUUAGGAGGUACUACUCUUCAGGAAACACUUAGAAACCUGCUGUUUAAAUCCCCUAGUUCAGUUGAUGGUCUGUUCUCUUAUCAACUAAGGAAUGAUUUGUAUUGGUCUCUUUUGAGUAAGUAAGAUUAUGUAUGUUCAUAUAUGUUAUUAUAUGGAAAAAUGUGUGUUUGUAUUGGUAUACGGUGAGGUAUAACUGCAUAUUGUACGUACGAAUCCAAAGUCGAAUUGGGCCUUAUUUAAUAUUCAAAAACACCAAUUUGUCAAGACACUGCUGUAUGGGAAUGGGGUCAUUCUUGUUGUGAGUAAUAAUCACAAACUUGUUGCCACAUGACUUUGAGGAUUUGUAUGAUCAAACACACAGAAACAUACAACAAUAAACAGGGGGUUUAGACCGGUUUAACUGUUCACCUGAAGCUUAGAUUAUUUACAUCAUAACAAGCCUCUCAUCAUAGGUUUCUUUAAUUUUCCCACUCUAUUUUCAAAUUGUUGUUUUAUUUCAUUUUAACAGUUGCUUUUGUACAAUAGCUCUGUCUAAUUGGCUGGAAAUGGUUAAAACGGUAUUUCUAUCAUUUAUUAUCUGUUGUGACAUUGCCAAGGACACCAAUCCCAGUAACAGUUCUAGUGGAGGUGUUGCAGCACAUCCUGGGCCUUUAUAAUCAGCUGGUGACCAAUAGGAAGACUUUACACUCAGGGGUCAGAGUUCAUCCAUUAACCCUUAGAAUGCUGACAUUAUCAGUCAUCCCACAGCCUCAUCUUUUCCUCUGAGCAGCGCUCUUUUUUUUCUCACUUUUUAUUUGUUUAUUUUGCGAUUUUAUUUAUUGCCGUUUUAUUUUCAUCUUUACUUCUUAAUGCUUUCUGCUCCUAAAGCCUCUUGUUUUCAAUGGUAAUGUCCUGAGAACAGGGGAUGGCAAGGUAGGUGGUCAGCCUGGUGCAAGGAUACUUGUGUGAGCUCACUCUAGGGAGUGGUUGAGCUGAGCUUGGGAACAAGUAUACUUGCCUGCAGCCUUCUAAGGGUACUACUUUAGUGUUGAUUCAGAAGCUAAAUGCAGUCCUUACAUGGAAUUUAAAGGGUUUCAAUCAACCAGCAACAACAACAAAAAAAUCAGGUUUUAUUUUAGUUUUUUCUAAACAUAUUUAAAAGGACACAACCUGCUUCUUCCAUGUGCUCUGUUGAGCAAUAACAUUCACAAAGUAAUGAAUCAUCAAUGCGCCCUACCACAUGCAUGAAGCCUACUCACUCCCCCCCAACUGACACAACACUGCAUUCUGUUACUUGUUAUAGUUACCUGUGAAUGUGAGUUGUACAUGUAUACACAAGGAGUCUUGGAGAUUCUCUGGAGAGUCAGAGAGGGGAUGCCUUGUGUAUGUAUGUAUGUAUGUACUGUACAGUACAGUGAGCCAAAGCUUAGGCUAGAAUACAGUACUGUACAGUACAGUGAGCCAAAGCUCAGGCUAGAAUACAGUACUGUACUGUACAGUGAGCCAAAGCUCAGGCUAGAAUACAGUACUGUACUGUACAGUGAGCCAAAGCUCAGGUUAGAAUACAGUACUGUACUGUACAGUGAGCCAAAGCUCAGGCUAGAAUACAGUACUGUACUGUACAGUGAGCCAAAGCUCAGGUUAGAAUACAGUACUGUACUGUACAGUGAGCCAAAGCUCAGGUUAGAAUACAGUACUGUACUGUACAGUGAGCCAAAGCUCAGGUUAGAAUACAGUACUGUACUGUACAGUGAGCCAAAGCUCAGGUUAGAAUACAGUACUGUACUGUACAGUGAGCCAAAGCUCAGGUUAGAAUACAGUACUGUACUGUACAGUGAGCCAAAGCUCAGGUUAGAAUACAGUACUGUACUGUACAGUGAGCCAAAGCUUAGGCUAGAAUACAGUACUGUACUGUAUGUCGGAAAGUCACAAAUAGAUCCUAAUUCACCUUUUGUUUUCUCUCCUGUGUCCUCCAUAUCUCGCUCUCCCUCCAUAUUGUCUCUCCAUCUCUUCACCUAUCUCUCUAUCCUAUUGAAGCAGGUGCAGCAGAUCCCGACCCCCCAGCCCAACACUGGACACCCUCUGGCCCCCAACUCCCAGCCAGCCCCCAUUGCCCCCCAACAGGUAAGGCCCCCUUUCUCCUCAGGCUCCUAUGAGGACGUCCCAGUCCCUUACCAAAGGGGAACAUUGAGACAUUGCCAGCCACUUGCCAGUGUGGACAAGGGCCAACUUAUCCUCCCUCUCCUGUUGUGUUUAGAGUACAGAUGCAUCGACAUGGCAACCAAAAUGCCAGACAGACAGUGUUUUUGUUUUGAUUGGUCUGUCUGUUUUUAAUCUUGGUUGAAGUACAGUAUUCUCUCCUGUGUGGUGUGGAAGCUGUGGUGCCUCUCUCUCUUACACUGUGUUGUCUGUUGUCUCUUUUAGCAUGGAGGUUACUACGUCACAGCGCUCCCUCCGCAGGUAGACAAACAACACAUUCAACAUGAAAAUGAGCACCUCUCUCUCUAACACACACACACACUCGCGCACGCACACACACACACACACGCUCUAUCUGCUUUAUCUCUUGGAACAUUGAAAUAAGCACCUCUCUCUCUAACACACGCUCACACACACACACACACACACACACACACUCACACGCUUCAUCUCUUGGAUCUCUUGGCUUUGCCCUUCUCU